AUGCCUGACGAUAAGUACUUUCGAGUGAGAGGCAUCAAGUACAUGGUCGGCUCCGAGUUGAAAGAUGAUGAUUGGGAAGGCUGCGAAAACCCUGAGUUCCGAGUUGUUCACUCCCUCAAUGGUAGCAACUGCCAUGUAGACAUCUUCCAGAUGCUACAGUCUACGGAUCCUGAGGCCCCUUGUACCACGUGCCCCGGUUACAGUGACGGUGCUGUAACUGUCUGCCGAACUGCUGAAGGACGAGUUUGUGGCCUUAAGAGCGACUAUGAGCCCUCAACGUGGGACCGCUUGGAUUGGGGUGAUUGUAAGAUCCCCAAUAACCCGGUAGGUGCCUUAGAGUCUCAGUAUCCUGGUCCCGGCAUCGAGCUCAAUAACUUCAAGCUGGUGCCCGGUAACUACAAAUAUGGUUCGCAGAUGCUCGUUGUCGGCCGUCCUGUCGACGCCAACGGUAACGAGAUUAGCGAUGUGGCACCUCCAGCUGCCGCACCAUCACUUCGUGGCAGCGAUGAUAGCAAAAUGCAAGAGGUUCUCAGCAACCUUCAGAAUCUGGUCAAGGAAGGUUGGUCUGGGGGCUUGAGUCGACAAUACGAGAUCAUUGUAUUGGUUGCGUUGGCACUUGUCGGUGCAGCGUGCCUUAUUUGUUUGGGUGUUUGUAUAUGCAAACGUCAUCGCACAGUUGAUGAACUUCCUUUGUCUUCUGCCGCUUCUGCAUACAGUGAUGGCAGUAACACGGCAAUACCGAUAGAGUAG